ACGCGGCGUCCAAACUAAGCUACUAAUAAACGCAUCGCAGUUAUUACGCUCUGUUUAGCGCUAGAAACGAAAACAAAGAAACCGACAAGCGCUUUAUUCCAGAGCAAGAAGGAAACCGAAUGAGAGCAUCAACCUCUUCAAUUCCCAUUCCAUCGUCGUCUUCGCGUUUCUCCAUUUUCUUCUUCCUUCUAUUCGCGCUCCUCGCCCUUCGAUCUUCAUCCAGCGACUGCUCCCACUUCCAACACCGGGCGCCGAUGGCCACUGUCGGAGGCGUGCGUGACUCCCCAGUGUCUCAGAACAGCCUCGAGACUGAAUCUCUCGCGCGAUUCGCGGUCGACGAGCACAACAAGAAACAGAAUUCGCUUCUGGAGUUUGCUAGGGUUGUGAAGGCACAGGAACAGGUUGUUGCUGGUACCCUGCAUCACCUUACUCUUGAGGCUAUUGAGGCUGGUGAGAAGAAGCUCUAUGAAGCCAAGGUAUGGGUGAAACCAUGGCUGAACUCCAAAGAACUUCAAGAGUUUAAGCCUGCUGGUGUUGCAUCACCAUUUACCUCUGCUGACCUUGGUGUCAAAAAGGAUGGCCACAAAUCAGGAUGGCAAUCUGUGCCAACACAUGACCCUCAAGUUCAAGAUGCAGCUAAUCAUGCAAUCAGGACAAUCCAGCAAAGGUCUAAUUCAUUAGUACCCUAUGUGCUUCAUGAGGUUGCUGAUGCAAAGGCUGAGGUGAUUGAUGAUUUUGCCAAGUUUAAUCUGCUUCUCAAAGUGAAACGGGGAGAAAAGGAAGAGAAGUUCAAGGUAGAAGUACACAAGAACAACGAAGGGGCACUCCAUCUAAAUCAGAUGGAACAAGAUCAUUCCUAAUUCUGAUCUGAAGGGUCGCUCCUAAACUAUACUUUUUCUAUUAUUCAGUAUGGGGUGUAUGACUCUUACUAUCUAUGUUACGCAUAAAUCAUACACUUUUCGGGUCUUGCUCUUAUCUCUCUCAACAACUAUAAUUUGUGCUUACUCCUUUCUCUCUGAUGUUUGUAUUGGCUUUAUUUGAUAGGGAAGGUACCAUGGUGUUAUCUUA